UGGAGGAAGAGGAAGCACAUGUUAAAAACUAAUAAUGAUGCUUUUCAUUCAGAAACUCUCCCAAUGAACUUUUUUACGGUAUUUUACAAUCGGUUUGACGCUUGUUAUUUAAAAGAAAAAAGCAGUUAUGUAAAUAUCCGCAGUUUUUUUGUGUGUGUUUUUAGUCUGUCGUUUACAAUCUGGUCGUUACUGGGAUUUAUGUGUUUGUAACAAAUGACCCGGGCCGGAAGUGCGUUAUUACUGCCAGUUUUAUCCCGGAGGAAACGCUAACGGUCCCCGGCAGACAUGGAGCUUCUCCCGGUGCUGGAGCCGCUGGACGAACCGCGGGACGCGGUUUGGUACGCGGUGGUCCCGGCUGGGAACGGCCCAGGUGAGAGUGUGGGCCACACCUGCACCUUCCUGCCCUCCCAGGAGGGAGGACGAGGACGGAUCCUGGUGGUCGGGGGGGCCGACCCCAGCGGCAGCUUCUCCCACUCCUACGUCAUUAAUCUGGACAACCAUGAGUGGGUCCGGUUAGCGUGCGGGGGUUUGACGGCCCGGUACGAGCACUGCAGCUUCGUCCCCGAGAGCCGGCCCCAGAGUCUCUGGGUGUUCGGAGGAGCCCAGCAGACGAGCAACCGCAACUGCAUCCAGGAACUACACAUGACCGACACGGAGCCCCGCUGGAGGACGGUGGCGGCCACAGGGACCCCCCCCAGCCCCCGGACCUACCACUCCUCCUCCGCCGGCGUCGGGGACCGACUGUACGUCUUCUCCGGGGGGGAAGCUGGAGCUGCUCCGGUCCAGGACUCCAGGCUGCACGUCUUUGAUACCGCCUCCUCCUCCUGGUCCCAGCCGGCCACCCAGGGCCGGCGGCCGGCCGCCCGACAGGGACACGUCGUCGCCGCCGUCGGCUCCAGGAUCUACGUCCACGGAGGAAUGACGGGAGACAAGUUCUUCAACGACAUGCACUCUCUCGACUCCAGAACGAUGAAGUGGAGGAAAGUCCAGACCAGAGGAGACGUCCCCCCCGGCGUGGCCUCCCAUGCGGCCGUGGUGAAGGACAAACACAUCUAUAUCUUUGGGGGGAUGACGACAGACGGGGCCGCCAACCUCAUGUACAGAUUUGACCCUGACACAAACAUCUGGGUCCUGCUCAGGUUUACGGGAGCGCUGCCGGCGAGCCGGCUGGACCACUCCAUGUGCCUGGUGCCCUGGAGGCCGAGUGGAGAGACGGAGACCCGGGCCGAGGCCUCGGAGACGGAGACAGAGACCCGGGCCGGCCGCCCCGAGGCCUCGCAGACGGAGACGAGGCAUCUGGCCUUCGUGUUCGGGGGGAUGGACACCCGGGGGAACGUUCACCACGACUGUGUCGUGACUGUUGUGAAGUGAUGGGAAACACUGCAAAAACUCAACAUCUUACCAGGAAUAUUGGUCUUAUUUCUAGUUAAAAUGUCUCAUUUUUAGUCAAAAAAGAUCUCAUUACAUUUAAAACAAGACUCAUUACCAUAAAAAUAACUUAUUUGACAAUUUUCACCUGUUUCAAGUAAAUUUUCACUUGAAAUAAGUAGAAAAAUCUGCCAUGUCCUUUUUUUUCCUCUUUUUUUCUCUCUUUUCCUCUUUUUCUCUUUUUUUCCUCUUUUUUCCUCUUUUUUU